AUGAAUUUUAUCAAGAAACUUUUCAAUAAAUUCUUUAAAAAACAACAAAAAGAAGUUGGAGAUACUUGGAAUUGUGGUGAUAAAAAACCAUUUCAUGAAAAUCAAUUGUCAUUUUCGACUAACAAAGAAAAAAAAUUUUCAAUCUCCUCUUUAUCAAUUGAAA